ACUCCAGUGACUUUUCAUCUUGGAUCGGCUGGCGUUUACAUGACAAAGGUACUCUUCAAGUCAUCUUUAAUUGCUGUUUUGGUUGCGUUACUUUUAUUCAAUUUCCCCUUGUUGCUUUCCAAAUCGCUACAGUUAUCCAGAUUUGUUGUUCCAUCUUUCCGUUCCAACAUGUCCACCAUCCCAUACAGCAAAGAACUAGAGAUCGCUCAGCUUGCCGUGAAGAGAGCCUCUAUCUUAACCAAGCAGGUCAGCGACUCCUUGAAGAACGGCACCAAUACUGUCACCAAAGAUGACAAGUCUCCAGUCACAAUCGGUGACUUCGGUGCGCAGGCUGUUAUUAUUAAGGCCAUCAAGGAAGCCUUCCCUAACGACGAGGUUGUGGGGGAGGAAGACUCAGAUGUGUUGAGACAAGAUGAUACUUUAAGAAGAAAGAUUUUUGAGUUGGUUAAGGACGUUGAGUCUCAGGACACCCAACAUGCCCCCCAAUUGGGCAGCUUCAAGGAUGAAGCGGAAAUCUGCGAUGUCAUCGACAUGGGUAACUCCGAGGGUGGCAACAAGGGCCGUAUUUGGGCUUUGGACCCAAUUGAUGGCACCAAAGGUUUCAUCAGAGGUGAUCAGUUUGCUGUCUGUUUGGCGUUGAUUGUCGAUGGCAAAGUUAAGUUGGGGGUCAUUGGAUGUCCUAAUUUGCCAGAAGUGUUGCCGAUCCCACAAGGCCAGGACUCUAUUAUUGCACGCGGUGGUCUCUUCUCCGCCAUCGAAGGAGUUGGUUCCUACUUCCAGGAUCUCUGGGCGCCAUUGAAGCUGCUUCUUGAGACUGAAAGAAUUUUCAUGAAGAACGAUUUGGAGUUCAAGGAUGUGAAGGUUUGCGAAGGUGUAGAAAAAGGGCAUUCUUCGCACGAUACCCAAUCCCAGAUUAAAUUGAAAUUGAGCAUCCCGCUUGACUCCACCAUAAAUUUGGACUCACAGGCCAAGUACUGCACGUUGUCUAAGGGUGUGGCAGAGAUCUACUUGCGAUUGCCUGUCAGUGACACCUACAGAGAGAAGAUCUGGGAUCACGCUUCUGGUCAGGUGUUGAUCACCGAGAGUGGUGGGAUUGUGAGUGAUAUCUAUGGCAACCCGUUGGACUUUGGCAAGGGCAGAACCUUGGCUAGUAAGGGAAUCAUCGCUGCCAGCAAAAACUUGCACUCCGAUGUUAUCAAGGCCGUUGGUGCCGUUUUGGGCGAAAGGGACUAGGAAAUUUACAAACAUGUAUGAAAGGCCGGCUAUAUGGAUAUUGGGACCGAAACCUUAGAUCCCUGUGUAAUUGACUGGUCUACAGUCAUCAGUAAUAGAGGAAACCUAGAAUUUUCCGUCUUCAAGGACGGGGGUGACCACGCGACGAUACAACUUUAUGAAGUAUGGCCCACAAACUCCAUACAUCGUAUUACUCUUUGGUAAUGGUAGUGCUGGUUUUCACGCCUUUCAUAUUUAGGGGGUUGGUAUACUAACCACUAUAGAGCUGUCCAUUAUGGUCACACAGAAUUUUUUUUUCCCUUUCUUCCACCACCUUCUGCUUUCAUUUAGGUAUAUCACAUGAAAGAUGUGAUGGUGCAUAAUGUGUGUUGUAUUCCCUCGAGCCGCACACUAACAAAUUUUAUUUCUGCAUGCAGCAAACGAUAAGUUUUUUUUUUCAUACGAUCUAUAAACAGUUGCCCAGUACAUAUAAAG